AUGGCGGAAAAGGAAAACAAGGACCUCGAGAACGGUGACCCGAAGCGCGAGAGAAUCUCCUUCGCCGACGGAUGGGAUCCCGAUAAGGAUGAGGGCGAGUACGCCAACCUCAUCCGAUACAUUUCUACCUACCGAGAUCGUCGCUUCUCCAAAGCUCCCUCUCAAGUUUCCGGCGACGAUGUCGCCGACGCCACCAAGGCCAAGAAGAUCCCCUUCUACAAGAGAAUGUUUGGCAUCACUGGUGGACCAGGCGAGCUUUACGAGGUCCCCGAGGAAUGGCUCAACACAGACAUCAAGACCGGUCUGACCUCUGCUGAGGUCGAGGCUCGACGAAGAAAAUGCGGCUACAAUGAGUUGGCGACAGAGAAGGAGAACAUGCUUCUCAAGUUCAUCGGCUACUUCAGAGGUCCCAUUCUCUACGUCAUGGAGCUGGCUGUCCUUCUCGCUGCUGGUCUGCGUGAUUGGAUCGAUUUCGGUGUCAUCAUUGGUAUCUUGAUGCUGAACGCCAUCGUCGGUUGGUACCAGGAGAAGCAAGCUGCCGAUGUCGUCGCUAGUUUGAAGGGUGACAUCGCCAUGAAGGCUGAGGUUGUCCGUGACGGCCAAAUCCAAGAAAUCAAGGCUCGCGAAAUUGUUCCUGGUGACAUUCUUAUUCUCGAAGAAGGUUCCGUUGUUGCCGGCGAAUGCCGACUGAUCUGCGACUUCGAUAACCCAGCUGGUUUCGAGGAAUACAAGGAAAUGGUCAGCGACCCAGAACAAUAUCACUCAAAAAAUCACACCGACUCGGACGAUGACGAGGAACACCACAUUGGCCAUUCAAUUGUUGCCACCGACCAGUCUGCCAUUACUGGCGAGUCUUUGGCCGUGGACAAGUACAUGGGUGAUAUCUGCUACUACACUACCGGCUGCAAGCGAGGCAAGGCCUACGCCGUCGUCACUGAAUCUGCUCGCGGCUCUUUCGUCGGCAAGACCGCGUCUCUCGUCCAGGGCGCUACCGACCAAGGUCACUUCAAAGCCGUCAUGGACUCGAUCGGCACAGCUCUCCUCGUCUUGGUCGUCUUCUUCAUCCUGGCAGCAUGGAUCGGUGGUUUCUUCCACAACAUUCCCAUUGCGACCCCCGAGGACAGCUCCGUCAACUUGCUCCACUACGCUCUUAUUCUUCUCAUCGUUGGUGUUCCUGUCGGUCUCCCCGUCGUGACCACCACCACUCUCGCCGUCGGAGCUGCGUACCUUGCCAAACAAAAGGCUAUUGUGCAGAAACUCACUGCCAUCGAGUCAUUGGCUGGUGUCGAUGUGCUCUGCUCUGAUAAGACUGGUACUUUGACUGCCAACCAAUUGACCAUUCGUGAGCCCUACGUCGCAGAGGGCGAAGAUGUCAACUGGCUCAUGGCCUCGGCUGCGCUCGCGUCCUCUCACAACUUGAAGGCUCUUGACCCCAUCGACAAGAUCACCAUCCUGACCCUCAAGAGAUACCCCAAGGCACGUGAAAUCUUGCAACAAGGCUGGAAGACCGAGAAAUUCAUGCCCUUUGACCCUGUCUCCAAGCGUAUCACCACCAUCUGCACACUCAAGGGUGAGAAGUGGUCUUUCUGCAAGGGUGCCCCCAAGGCUGUCCUGUCCAUUGCCGAAUGUGACGAAGCUACUGCUAAACACUACCGCGACACUGCGGCCGACUUUGCCCGCCGUGGUUUCCGAUCUCUCGGUGUUGCGUCCAAGCGCGGAGACGAGCCAUGGAAAGUCAUUGGCAUGUUGCCCAUGUUCGACCCUCCUCGUGAGGAUACCGCCCACACCAUCUUGGAAGCUCAAAACCUCGGUCUCAGCGUCAAGAUGUUGACUGGUGACGCCAUCGCCAUCGCCAAGGAAACUUGCAAACUUCUCGCUCUUGGUACCAAGGUCUACAACUCUCAGCGCCUCAUUGCCGGUGGUGUCGCCGGCUCUACCCAGUAUGACCUUGUCGAGAAAGCCGACGGUUUCGCCGAAGUGUUCCCUGAGCACAAAUACCAGGUCGUCGAGAUGUUGCAGCAACGUGGUCACUUGACUGCCAUGACUGGUGAUGGUGUCAACGAUGCUCCCUCGCUCAAGAAGUCUGACUGCGGUAUUGCUGUCGAAGGUGCAACCGAAGCUGCCCAAGCUGCCGCCGACAUCGUGUUCUUGGCCCCCGGUCUCAGCACUAUUGUCGAUGCUAUCAAGGUCGCACGUCAAAUUUUCCAGAGAAUGAAGGCCUACGUCCAAUACCGUAUCGCUCUUUGCUUGCACCUGGAAGUGUACUUGACCACUUCCAUGAUCAUCAUCAACGAAACUAUCAGAACCGACUUGGUCGUCUUUUUGGCCUUGUUUGCCGAUUUGGCCACCAUUGCCGUCGCCUACGACAAUGCCCACUACGAACAGCGACCCGUUGAAUGGCAAUUGCCCAAGAUUUGGGUGAUUUCGGUCUUCCUUGGCUUCCUCUUGGCUCUUUCAACCUGGAUCAUGCGUGGUUCCUUCUACCUACCAUCUGGUGGUCUCGUGCAGAACUUUGGCAAUGUCCAACUCAUGCUCUUCCUUCAAGUCUCAUUGGUUGAGAACUGGCUCAUCUUUGUCACUCGCGGAGGACAAACUUGGCCAUCCUGGAAGUUGGUUGGUGCCAUCUUCGGUGUCGACGUUCUCUCCACCCUGUUCUGUGUCUUUGGCUGGCUUGCUGGUGGCAGGGACGAACUCUUCACCACCCCGAUCGAUGCCUUCACUCGGGACAACUACAGCCGCGAUACUUCGAUUGUCACUGUGGUCGUCAUCUGGGGCUACUCGAUCGGUGUCACUAUCGUGGUUGCUAUCGUCUACUACAUUUUGACCAGCUUGAAAUGGAUUGACAACCUCGGCCGUGCUACCCGCAGCCACGCCGAUACCACUAUGGAGAACAUCAUUUCCCACCUCAGCCGUGUCGCUCUUGAGCACGAGACUGAUGCGCAUGGCAAGUCGAAAUGGGUGUUGGGCAGCAAGGCCACUGGAGAGGAAGAAGGUUAG